CACUGAACCCCGAUAAUAUCGGAGUCUCUACUUUAGUCCAUCCCUUUGGUGCUACACGCGUCAAGUUAUAUCAAAGUGAUUGUGAUUUGUUCAAGAGAAGUGUUUUACUCAUUAUUUCAUCGAUUUUUCUGGUUAAGGCACCAGUGAAAUUUCAUUUGAACAUUUUUCAAACGUUUUUAUCAUUGAAUCCAACGGGAAAAUAACUUCCAAAAGCAUGGGCAGGUCCAGAUCUCGUAGUAAAUCGCCGAGCAGACGGCGUCACAAGAGCAAACACUCGAGGAAGCGAUCCAAGUCGAGAGAGAAACGGAGUAAUAGUAAAUAUGCCGAGAAACCGAAAGAGAGGAGCUUGAAAUCCAGGAAACGGUCACAUUCUCCAUCAUUCAGCAGUGAUUCAGAUGUCUCUGAUGAUGUUCACAUCGUCAGUCACAAGAAACGCUCCUACAGGGACAGAGAUCGUAAAAUGGACGAAGUGGAACGUCUCGCGGAAAUGGAAAGACAGAGGAAAAAGAAAGAAUUAACGACCAAUAUUCUCGCUACGAGUGCGCUUCGACGACAACGUGAAUCGGAGCAGAAAUUAGUGGAGGAGGAGGCGGCGAAGAGGAUCGAGGAGCUCGUGCAAAAGCGUGUUGAGGAGGAAUUGGAGAAGAGGAAGGAGGAGAUUGAGGCUGAGGUACAGAGACGAGUUGAAGAGGCUAAAAGAGCCAUGGAGCGUCAGAUGAUGGAGGAGAUGGAGUGGCGCCAGGCUAAACUUCGAGAGGAGGAGAAACGUAGAGAGGAGGAAGAGCGGAAGAAACGCGAGGAGCUCGAAAGGAUUCUGGAGGAAAACAACAGGAAAAUUGAGGAGGCUCAAAAGAGAUUGGCCGAGGACAGACUGGCAAUGGUCGAGGAGCAGCGUCUCCUGGAGGAGGAGCGCCAGAAAAUGAGAAAAGAGCAAGAGAAACGUAUAAAAGAAGAACAGAAAAAAAUUCUAGGAAAAAAUAAUUCUAGGCCGAAGCUCUCUUUUUCACUUAAACCAGUAACGUGAGUCUCGUGUGAAAUAAUAAUUUAAGUGGUGUUCUCAAUGUGAUAUUUCAUUACGUUCCGAGAGGUUUUUUUUUUUUUUAAUUUUUCCCCCUGGGAUAGCGCCGACUGAGUUCUGGAGGGUUGAUUCCAGCACCUGUAAUUAACACGUGCGUUGAGUUAUCAUCAACAGACGUGUCAAUUAUCGAACUGAAAAGCUGAAUCAAGUGUCCUCGAUUCUUUCUGGAGCUGAAUUAUGAACUCGGCAACGUGCUGUUUACUGAUGCCAAUCAAUUCUGGAUUAUGCCAAUGUAAAUUAUUACUCGUGUAAUUAAGAUAGAAUGCUUUUAAUCAAUUUUUCGGAUUACGUAAUUUAGAAGGAAGACCUUAAUUGUCAAAGUGUACAAUUAAGUAUCGAUAGAGAAUUGUGGAUAUGAUUAAUGUCAUAAAGUUGAAUUUUUUAAAAUUA